AGUCGCGUGGCGACUCGGCGGCAUAUACGAAAUUUCGCGGAACAUGAGAGGCUCGCUCGGAACGGUAAUCUUGGCGACGUGUUUGGCCGCCUGCACGGCGAUCUGUCGUCCUGGAUUGAACGGACGGGAAGAUUGGUACCACUGCGAGGGAUUAAGCGAUUUAAACCAGUUGCAGAUACCAGCGGGGGCAGCCGGGAUCGAUAUCGUCAAUUCGAACAUCAGUAAGAUAACGACUGGCGCGUUCUCCAAGUAUUCCGAUUCGCUGACACAGCUGAACAUAACCGGAUGCGGCGUGGAGGAGAUCGAGCCGGACGCUUUCACGGGUCUUAAUAAAUUGCGGCUGUUGGGUCUGGUGAACAAUAAGAUCCGGAAGAUCGAUGCCUCCUGGAUCAGGGGAUUAUCGAGUCUGAAGGCGUUAAUCCUGUGGCGUAAUCGGAUCGUCGAUAUAGAUCCGGCGAUUUACGAUCUGCUGCCGGAACUGCGGGUUUGGGAUAUCGCGCACAACGAGCUGAACGCGUGCCUGUCGCCGGACAUGCUGAGGAAGCUGAGGAACCUCCGAAGAAUCUUAAUUGCCAACAAUCCGUGGUCAUACAGAUGUCGUUCCUCGAUGACCUGGUACAUGGGCAGCAAUCACAUUCGUUUCAUCAGGGAUUGGAGCAUCAGCGACCUGUUAAUAGAGGAGUGCUUGGCUCACGAGCCUGGCGCGGAGGAGAACGACGUCGUUUUGGAGAAAUGCGUCGACAGAAGAAUAGGAUCCGCCGAUAGGCCGUACAGCGUGGGCGAAUUGAACGAACAAAUUCACGAACUCGCGCGGAAGAUUUCUGGCUUGCAAGCUGACGUAGCCGCGCUGAAAAAAUCGAAAAUCUAAUGGUGCUCUUGCUUUCACGAAGUCCUCGAUGAAUUUGGAAUUACGUUAUUAAUUCGAUAAGUUUUUGCUCUUUCAGGCGUAGAGCUUUACUAUAUUAUAUCGUGAUUAUAUUGUAAUCGUGUAAAUUAGGUACGUAUUUUGUACAGUAAUACAAAACCGAUAUUGUACUCAACUGGAA